GUGUAGGAGACAGGUAUUGACUCGUAAAGGGUUCAAAUAUCAGCGGACUAGUAUAAAGGACCUAUCAAUCGAUAACACCCAUUGAAUUUCAAAAGAUUAUGGAUUUAUAAAGGAGUCUUCUAGGCCAAGGACAAUUUUCGUCUUUUUUUAUCCAGCACAAGAAAUAUAGGAUGGGGUAGGUUGGAGGAGGGGCACUUAGACGUCUUAAAACAUCCCCUUGUUACCUCAACAACUACAUUUGAAUCUAGUCCUCACAACAGGUCGUAACGUCCCUUCUUCCACUUUUAUAUUCUUUGAUAAAUCGAAAAUGGCUAGCCACAGUGAAAACAGGCAAUUGUCAGAAAGCAGAAAAAUUAGAAAACCAAUAAUGGAGAAGAAACGAAGGGCUAGGAUCAACGAGAGUUUGGAAACCUUAAAGAAAAUAUUACUGGAGUGCAACCCCCACAGGACCGAUCAGAAAAACGUGAAAUUGGAAAAAGCAGACAUUCUGGAAAUGACAGUGCGGUACCUGCAACAUUUAAAAAAGAGUACAGGUAUGAAAAAACUAAAUCAGUGUGGUGAAAAAGUGACAGAGAUUUGCCCAGCCGAUAGUUCUACCAAUGACUUAAAAAGUAAUAUUGCUUUGAAACCAGCAUUGAGCGCUAAUGACACAAGACAUGGGAAUGUAACAAAAAAUUUCAGGACUGGAGUUGGUUUUGGCGGUUUGUAUUCAUGUGCUUUUCCUUUUGCUGCGUAUAACUGUAUGGGAGUUGUAAACAUGGCUUUAUCUGUCACAUAUGGAAGUAAUCAAAGGUUUUAUGAAAAGAUACAACGACAGCCCGAUCUACAUCCUACAGAAAAUGUAUGGAGGCCGUGGUAACAGGAUUCGUGAUGUAAAUAUAUUAAUAUAUGUUUGUGUAAUAUUUAAUGAAUUGA